AUGUCUUCCGACGAAGAGAACGUCAAGUACCUAUAUCUCGUGCUUACUACUGCGGGUCCACCGACUAUCAACUGGGUUGCUGUGGGUAAGGAUCUUGACCUGAAGCCUAGCGCGACUUCUAAGCGCUGGUCUCGGCUCAAGAUAUCUAUCGCCGAGGGCAAAAACCCGGGGCCGACAGCGUACCAAUUCUUGUGGUUGUGUGUCAAGCAUUGUACGGAUAAGAAGGCACCAAACUGGAACCUCAUCGCAGAGAAAUGCGGUACCACUUCCGCCGCGGCUUCGAAGCGGUAUUCGCGGCUUAAGCUUGCUAUUGAGAAGGGGGAGAUAAUGCCGAUUGUCACUACUCCACCGAAAGGCAAAGGUGCUACUGUCACUGGAGCAGAUGGUGAGGAGGAAUCUGCUGCUACUUCUACUCCGACGAAGCGGAAGCGUGGAGCUGGAACUACUUCCCCUAGAGGCAAGACGGAUGCGGGUGAGGAAGUUGCUAAGGGCGAUGAAGAAGACCCCAUUCCCGUGACGAAGGAGGGCGGUGAUGAGGGGCAAGACAAGGAGGCGAAGAAGCCCGCAAAACGCGCGAAGACUGCCAAAUCCAAGGCUUCCCCUAAACCCAAGCGUAAUGCGAAGAAAUCGAAGUCCAAGAAGGCCUCUUUGGGCGAAGAUAUCACAAACGGUGGCGACACCGAUCCCCAGCCAGCUUGGAGUGCAAUCAACAAGCCUUCCCAAGUGGACCCAGAGUUCCAUGCUGCUGCUGCGGACGACAAAAGCGUCAGAGUGAGAGGCGAAACCGAGCAUGACACAGAGGCUACUACCAUUCAUCCUGACUCUGGUGUCUCCGAGGGCAUGACUCAGGAAGUCCAAGGUGGUGAUGUGGGAGUGAAUAAAGAUGGUGAUGACGGCAAUUGGGGCGGCGAGUUCGCUGUUGAGGCUUGGUUGGAGACUACGACCUAGGGCAACCAAGACAGCUGCCAACCAUCUAAUUCACAGGGGAUGUGCAUAUCAGCACAGCACAGUCAUUGAAACAGCAUCGGGAAGCAUUUCGGAUUGGGACUGAAUCGGAGAAUGCCAAAAGCAGAAAACCUUGGAGGGAUUCUGGAGCAUAAACCAUGCAUUGGGUUUCUUAUCUUUUUUCUUUCUCAUGAUAGCGUUGUGGAGUGGGGUUUUCAAGGAGUCCGGCCAGGUCUUCUGAACAGGAUUUGAACAUAUCUUAUGCCUGCGGGCUGUUAUGAGAUGGGCUUUUCGGAUUGGAUUGGACAUACGAGGCCAGAUUAACGGGUAGCUGAGUGGAGAUGGAAGUGCUCUGUAGAAAGCAUUAGGCAUCUUCCCUGCGGUUCUGACGGAUCUGCCCGCGGUGAUGGGCCUUUUC